GCAAUCUCGCCAUAUUUUUAAUCUUGUCUGCAUCCCGCAGCCCGGAUUGCCAUCAAGUUAGAAAGGACUGAUCACGACAGUAUUAAUGCGAUAAAAGCAUCUGAUUCGGAGCAGAACAAUUCUUGCGUUGACCUCCUCAGCUGUGUCUGGUGACUCAUUCUGCAAAAAUGAACAUCUUUAGACUCACAGGGGACCUCUCUCAUCUGGCUGCUAUCAUCAUCCUGCUGCUUAAAAUAUGGAAAAGCAGGUCGUGUGCAGGGAUCUCUGGAAAGAGCCAAAUCUUGUUCGCUAUAGUGUUCACCACACGCUACUUGGAUCUACUAACCUCCUUCAUCUCCCUCUACAACACAUGCAUGAAGGUGAUCUACAUUGGCUGUGCAUAUGCAACAGUCUACCUGAUCUACAUGAAGUUCAGAGCCACUUAUGAUGGAAACCACGACAGUUUCCGGGUUGAGUUUCUGGUUGUUCCUGUUGGAGGUCUUUCUGUUCUCAUAAACCACGACUUCUCUCCGCUAGAGAUUCUUUGGACCUUCUCCAUCUACCUGGAGUCUGUGGCGAUCCUGCCUCAGCUCUUCAUGAUCAGCAAGACUGGUGAGGCAGAGACGAUCACCACCCACUACCUGUUCUGCCUUGGGCUGUAUCGAGCCCUGUAUCUCUUCAACUGGAUCUGGCGUUUCUAUUUUGAGGGCUUCUUCGACUUGAUUGCCGUUGUAGCUGGAGUGGUCCAGACUGUCCUCUAUUGUGACUUCUUCUAUCUUUAUGUCACCAAAGUGUUGAAAGGCAAGAAGCUGAGUCUGCCAGCGUAAGAAAUGCUGAGGGAGAGGGCGACUCCCAGCAGUCUCAGGGAGAGUGGAGAUGACAAAUCUUGGAAUCUCGUGACCUAUAGCAACAGGACAGAGACGGAGUCAACUAACGGGGAAAAACACUAGUCUUGGUUAUUGAUGGAACUGGUAAAUGCCAACAAACACCAGAGCUGAACAAAGAUCAUCCCAGAACAACCUUUGGAUUUCUGUGUUCAGUAUCUUGCCUUAAAGUUGUUUUCAUUGCUGUUCAAAUAGGAGAAAAUGCUUUUUUCUACAUGUGAGGUGUAAACGUUAAUUUCCUUUCUACUUUAUUUUUAUAACAUCACAAAUAGGGUCAACUGAGUACCUUGGUAAUGAAAUGCACAGAUGUACAGUCUUAUUAAAGAGUGCGCUAAAGAGUAAUGUAUCUGAGUGCCUGAUAAAGAUUUGUCCACUUUCUGCUCACUUUCUCACAGUAUUUUUUUUUCAUACUAUUUUUAACAUUUCGUAAAUUGUAUGCAUAUACUGUAAUACCUGUUCCCUUAGGAAACAUUUUAAAGAGGACAAAACAUCCAUCUGCAAUUCACACAGCAUUUUACAAAGCUUUUCUUCCUUCUGCGUUCUUUUUAUGUGCAAAACUAUUUGAGACAUAAUCUAUAAAAUACUUAAAUGCCAGCAAUUCUAUUUGUCUAUUAUCCUGAAUCGCAAUAUGUUCAAGCUUUAAUGUAGAUGUAGUUUCAUACAAUUCAAAACUGCCCUGCAUCGUAUUUCUGAUGUAGAUAGAAACUUUGUGCUAUUACUGUGUCACAGUAACAACCUCACAAACACCCUCCAACAGUGAUCCUCCAUGUCAGAACAAAGCAAUAAUUAUGACUGACUAAUUGUCACAGUUGUCACACUGGGAUGAGAAGUGUGCAGAUAUUUGACUCUGCCUUUGACUAGUUGUGAAAUUUAAAUUCUUGCUAAAUGUCUAAAGUCUGAACAGCUGAACAGAAUCAUUACACUGACCAGUAAUUGAGUAGCAGUGAUCAUGGUGUUCAAUUGGUGCAUUUAAAGUCGUUUUGGUAAGUCCCACCCUAUUUCAAUUUACUUGUCAUUCUUUGCAUGAUAUCACCACCAUUAAAGAUUUUAUCAGAAUCACU